AUACUUAGUUACAAGGUGACCACAUCAAGGUGCACAUGUAUGUGUAUGUAAAAUAUAUAUAAAAAUAGUUGACAAAUAUAUAAAAAUAUUGUUAAUUAAUAUUAAAUCACAUUUUUGUUCAAAAUAAUACAUGAAAGGCAAAAUUAAAAUUAAUUUAAAAUAAAAAAGGCCUUGACAUUAGGCAUUUUUUCAUGUAAAGAAAAUAAAAUUGUAUCCGUAAAUAGGGGUGGGCACAGAUCGAAUAUCUGAGUAUUUAGAAGCAUUCGUGUCGAUUCGAUCUUUAGCCACCUAGAUAUUCGGUGACUCGGAUAUCCGAAAUGUUUUAGAAUUUUAAAGAAUAUCCGAUUUGAUCCGUAAAUAAAAUAAAAUUUUAAAAAUAAUUGAAAAUUUUAAUAAUAACAUUUUAUUACAAAAAUAAAACAUUAUUUAACUUUUUAAAUUCUAGAAGGUUAAUAUAAAAACAAAUUACAAUACUUUAUUUUUGUUAAACUAUUUCAAUCUUUAUGUUUUGUUAAACUAUUUCACACAUGGGGCAGAUCUCCUUAGAAGGAGAGCCACUCGCCACGAUGCUUCCAGUUUCACCACUCUUGAAACUCUUAUGAACCACAAAGCCAAUAUAAGAGCUCUGUUUCAAUCUAACGGCUGAAUUUUGUCACAGGCCGCCGCUAAGCCUGAAGAGGGAAGAGGAGUGGAGUGCUGCGUUUUGGAAGAAGGUUACUUGGAGUUUACAAGAUGAAGAUGAAACCCGUGACGAGGAAGACGAGGAGAAGUGUUACUUGGAGUAUCCUAACGUUGAGGAUGUAGACAAUGUGUGAUCUUAGCGAUGAAGAUUAGCGUAACUUUAAUAUAUGCUACUAUGGUCUUUGAGCUCCCUAACAAGUACUACCAAACAAUGUGUAUUUUGAAAAAAUAAAAUAAUUUUGUAAUGCAAGUAGUUUGAAACUUUGAGUAUUUAUUCAAACAACGGAUAUAUACAGAGUUGAUUACUUGAUAUGAACCCCCAAAUAAGUUGGUGCUACACUGUUACAAUAUGUAUCUUUUUAAUUACUUAAAAUUUAAUUUAAUUUUAUAUACCGGACGUAAGCUUAUUCAUCUUCUUCUCUUUCUCUUUUCCGUUGUUCCACGUUCUCUGUUUCGUGUUUAGGUAUUUUUCACAUUCUCUAUAUUUUACCUUAAUUAUACUUUUAGAAAUUUUCUUCCGUUUUGGGAGAUGUCUUUAACUUAAGUUAAUCGUCAAAAGCUAUGGUCAAUUUUGUUGUCUUAUUUCCGAUAAAUUUUAUUUUUUAAUUUUCACAAAUCUUAAAACAACACCAGCAAUAUCCCGUAAAUCAUACCGCCCCACUUAUUUUCGCACCUAGUUGAAAAAUAAGAUAACAAAAGCAAAUAGAAAGGAGAGAGCAGAAGAGUGGAUAAAAGAAAUCCAAUGAUUGUAACAACCGAGAAACUUAAUUUUAUGAGAAUGAAAAAAAAAAUCGCAGUUAAUUAAUUUAAUAAACCAAUUAAUAAUAAAUUGGGUGUACCGAGUAACCGAGUGGAGAAAUCAAAUCAAGUCUAACACCAAGCAACACUGAUUCGCAAAUCUCUAUCUAUAUCACCGAUUAACGACUGAAAGAAAAGAAAACUUUAUGUAAUUAAUUAUUUUAUUAUUAACAUGUAUACAACAACGGUAUAAACUUUCAACGGCUAUAUGAAAUAGUGAAAAAUGGAAAUUACCGAGUAAGAAAAUUGGAAAUUACACUGAUUUAAUUGUUAAAAAAGGAAAUCAGCAAGGAUCAUCAAAAUCUAUAAAUAUACGCAGCCCUAAACCUUCUGGUCACGCUACUAAUAAUCACUCACAAUUCACUUCUCUCUGUAAAACUCUCUAAGCUUUUUGUUUUUGCCAUGGAUUCUCUUUCUUCUUCUACUUCGACAAAGAUGAAGAACAACAACAAGCUCUCUGUCAGAAACGAAACCCGUUUCAAGAAAUCAUUCUUGUUGUUAAGAGAGAAGACCGUUCUCAAGAAAGCGUUAGAGCUUUCCAUUCUCUGCGACAACGAUAUUUGUGUGAUACAUUACGAUCGCGAAGGAAAUCUCGUCAACACGUACCCUGAAGAUCAGUGCCAAGUCAAAGACAUUCUCGAGAGGUAUAACAGAUUAAGCGACAGAGAAAAAAUCAAGAAAAACACAAAUCUUUCACAGUUCUAUAACAAGAAACUCGUUGACGAGAAGAGGAGAUCCCUUACCGACGCAGAGGAACGCAAAAAGUUCACAAAGAAAGUUGGAGAGUUCAAGGGUUCGCUAGUAGAUCAGUUACUUGUAUUACAAGACAGGGCUCGUUACCUUCUUUACUCCCAGGAUCAUCAGACCAAGCCAGAUCAGAGCCGUUGUCUUGCUGCUAUGUCUGAACAAAAUCACAACUUUUCGGCGCCUUCUUCUGGCUUCUUCCCCCACAAUGACUUCUCCUCUUCACUAAUAGACGAGGAGGAUCCAUUGAUGAACUUUUGUCCGCCGGUAACAGAGAACCGGGUUUAAAUUAGACUAUUGGUUAAGUUUCCUUUUGCUUAAUCAUUGGUUAAGUCAUCGGUUUAGCUUCCUUUUACUAAACCGUAUGCAAUGUAUGUAUAAAUACUCAGCUUGUACGUACAUUGUUAAUUUGAGAAAGUAUUUUUUCAUUCUGUUACAACUUUCUUAAUAUGGUAUCAGAGCACAUACUCAGUUUCCGCAUUUGAUUCUCGAUCUUCGUCUUCUUCAAAUCGAUUCAAGGAUGAGCGUUUCGAUUCGUCAGCUAACGAUCGAUCUCUGUCUCCGUUUUCUUCUCGAUUUGAUUGAACUGGUAUCGCGAAUCUCUCUCGUUUUCUUGAUUCUGUUGCUCGCUGAAUCAUGCUGAGCUUGUGAUUGCGUUUUGCGGUUGAUUCUUUCUGAUUUCACUUCGUUUGGAGUUCUUGUUGAUUUUGAUUGUUGAUCUUGCUGAUUGCUUUCAACAUACCUUGAUUCGAUGAGCUCCCCGAGUCAGCAACAACCAGCUUCCGAUCAAGCUCGUCCUCUCACGGA